AUGCGCGAUGCGGUUUAUGGAAAUCGUUAUUACGGCAGCAGAAACACAACGUUCCAUAAAUAUGGGUAAGUACAUCGUUUUCGCGUGCCAGCAAUAUUAUAAUAGAUUCGUAACUUUUAUUUUUUAAUUAUUUAUUAUUAUUAUUUUUUUAUUUUUUUUAUUUUUUUUAUUGGUUUUCAAACUGCAAAAAUACAUAAAAAAAAAAAAUCAUCGAUUGACGUUGAAUUUAAACGCCAUACGAUACAAUAAUAAUUUGUACGUAUUAACGACAAAUUUAAUUACGAGAAACGUAUAAAAUAAUGAUGUAUGUAAAGAAUAGAACGUUGCUAUUAUUUUUGUAUUUGCUAUACAUAUAUUGUUAAAGUUCAUAAACAUUUUCAUCCUUCAUCUAUUUUCAGCGCGUAUGCAUAACUUUUUUAAACAAUACAACUACAGUUCAUAUUGUUUUUAAAAACAUUUAUUCUAUUUAUUUCGGUGUAGUAGGUCUAAAUUUUUCGGGGAAUAAAACCAUAUAUUAGAAACAGACACGUAUUUGGAACCUUAUCUAGAAGAUAAUAAUUUUUUUUACGAAUAGUACAAUUUAAUCAUAAUUAACUAUGAUGAAUUUUUUUUUUUUUAUUUUUUUUUUUCUAACUGAAAUUUUACUCUAAUCAUCAACUGAAGAGUGGUUUCCAGUAGUAAAUUUCCCCGAACAUAAUUAUGCAAAACAAUUUCUAAUGAAAUCGAUUAAUUGUUUCAUUAUUAUUGUAACUUAAAUGAAAAUAAUCAUAAAUAAUUGAUAUUUGUAUUCAAUUCAUAAUGAUAUAAGCAUUUUCUAUUGAUAGUAUAUUUUUCAAAAUAUUCUGGCUUUAUUUAAGUUAUUUAUUUUAAAUACUUGACAUUUUCGAGUUCUUAAAGUUUUUCUGGUUUUAGGCAUAUACAUAUUGUCAGAUCUAUAAAAACGCUCCAAAAUUUAAUACAAUAAGGUUAAUCAUAAGCUGAAUUUAGCGAUCAAACAAAUUUCAGCUUUGUGUCGUAAUUAUUACCACCAUUUUAUUUCUAUGGUUUUCAUUAAACUCCGUUCAGAAUCGUUUUUCAUUUGCAACGAUAAUUAUAGGUUAAAAUAUGGCACGUGCUUUUGGGUGAAGUUAUUGCCCCCAUUUUCCUUCCCUUCAAAUACUUGCCCAAUUCGAAACUCCUUACAACAAAUCUCAUUCCAAACCUAAGAAAAUACAUUAGAUGUCUAUAAUUCCUAAAAUUUAAGAAAUGGCAAUAAUGAUUAUAAUAUUGUUCGAUAAUACAAAUCAUUCAGAUUCUACGAGUCGUGCGAAAUAUAUUGAGAAAUUUAAAAACAAUGUUUGAUUUUUCAGACCCAAUGUAUGCAUGAUCGAAGAAGUGAUCUCUGAUAACGGCGGCGGCUUGUCCGCAUACAAAUACCGAGGCUGGACGUUGCACAAUCACCAGUCACAGACGUGCAGCCAUAACACGUUAAGUUGUAUUAAAGUCGUCGUCCCGGCGUUGAUCCAAAUCUAAUUUUGUCUUUAGAUUCUGAGUGGAGCGAAGAAGCUUAUGAUUUUACAAUGAUGUUCAUUUAUUUAUUUUCCUGUGCACAACUUUUUUACCAGAAAUUUUGCUCCGAUUUACAAUAGCACUAUCAUUAUGACAGCACUUUUUUUUAAAGGAAAUCGAACUGGAGAGGUACUUUAGGGAGGUCAUCUUUUGAUUUUCCCAGUUGCUUUCCCAAUAAAUAGGAAGAAACAUGGUAAAACCCGGAAAAAACGGAAAAAUAAGUUCAAUAUUAAACAAAUAGUUUUAAAGAAAAUGAUCAAUGCAUUAUGUGUUAUAUUUUACCAAAAUAUGACUUAUAUAUCGUUGACAAAGCAACACUAUCAACCGAACUCCACUCAGAAUCGUUUUUUCAUUAGCAUUGGUAAAUCGUUGCUUACAGACAUAUACAUUGAAUUCCCGUCUGUAGCCUACCUUCCCAGCUUCCUACCUACAACAGUAGCUGCGCCCGUCCCCAUUAUCUUAGGACAGCUUUUUUAUUUUGUUUCCGUUUUUAUGCCAGUAGAAUCGUGAAGUACGAAUGCUGCGAAGGAUUCAAAUCGACGUACGGGCAUUCCGGGUGCACCGUAGGUAAGUGCAUAUAUUAUAAAUCGAAGGUUAUAAAAUAUGUUCGCUCCGACAUUUUGAACCAUCACAUCGUAAAACCGUCGAAAUUUCCCAGUGAAAUCACCGAAGAACGUGUUGGAAACCGCCCGAGAACUUGGCGCGUGCGAGUUUGUCCGGUACAUCCAACGGCACGGUCUGUACGAUUUGUUAACCAGCGGCGGCCCGUAUACAAUAUUUGUUCCCACGGACGAAGCUUUUGCCGUAAUUAUCGCGUUUGCCGACGAAACAAUAAACACAAUAAUAAAAUGCAUAGUGAAUUUUAUUUGUUUUUCGUUGUUCUUAGAAAAUGGACAGUAAGUUGAGAUCGGCUUUGGAAUCGUACGAAUCGGCUACCGAAAUACUUAAAUACCACGUAGUACCUCGGAGGAUUGUAACCCAAAACGUAUCGGUGGACGAGAUGCUAGACACGUUAAACGACGGACUCCAAUUAAGGUUUAAUAAGUACUCCACAAAAGUAAGCAGAAUUUUAAGUACACUUUGGGUAUAUUUUAACACAAUACUGCACUGCUCUUAUCAACUGUAUAAUAUGAAUUAAUUGAAUUCAAAAGUCUUAAAAUAUGAACAGGAGUGGCGUGCUCACGGAGGGUGGAUAAGGGUGUCAUAACACCCCUCUCCCCAUUGACCUUUUUUUCUUCUAAUAGCUCAUUUAUGCAUUAAGAAUUGCCUAUAAUUAUAAAAAUGUUUAUUGCGAUAUUUGGUGAAAAUGUGUAUAAAAAUAUGGCAAUUGCUUCGGAAAAGAUGCUGAAUACAAUGGUAAGAAAAUUUAAAAGCGUUAAUUUGGUCUUUGUCGUUUUAUCGUUUAAAUGUGAAUAAAUAAAUUGAUGCGUUUUACAAAACGAUAUAUUAUUAUGUUUCAUUAUUUGAAACAGUGUGUGCCAAGUGCCAAUUUCUACCUGAAAAUGCCACUAAUAUGCAAUUACUGAGCAGUGAGCACGUCACUGAUACUGGAGAUGCGAUUAAAUAAACAUUAUAAUAUUAAAUUACAGAUCGAUACAGUAAAUUGUGUCACUCUGACGCGAAAGAACAGUAUCGCUCAAAACGGAAUGGUACAUUUAAUAAACAAUGUACUCAAUCCGUACAGCUAUUCGAAACAAAAUUUAGUGCAAACCAUAAACCAGGUUUGAACCGAUAAUUGAAAUACAGUUAUAGAUAUAAAUAUACUCGCCCGGCUAAGUCGAUCCAACAAAUUAAUAAUAUAUACUUUACAUUGCAUACAGAACAAAGAGUUAUCAAUAUUUUCACAAAUGCUCAAAGUUUCGCUUAUGCAUCAGAGUCUAAAAGAAACGUUUCAAACACUCACAGUGUUGGCUCCGACAGAUACUACACUACGACUGCUCCCUCAAAAACAACUACACAGGAUAUUUUGCAACGAAACGCUUAGCAGAGGUACGCGUAUAAUUCAAUAACAUAUUAUAAUAUGUUUUGCCUUAUUUGUAAGUCAAAUUUAUAACGCAUAUAAUCGGUCAUAGAUACCAUGCCUUUUCCAUACAAAUUAAACCAAUUUUAAUCUAAUACAAUUUUUUCUCCGAAAAUAAUGACUAUUACACGGUAUUGUGAUAUCCUGUAGUGUAUAUAUAUAUAUUAUGUAUUUUAUUCCCGCCACUUUCAUACAAUUUCAGCGACUCCCUCUGAAAUAAUAGCUGAAUGUCAAUAUGAAUAUCACCAUAUUAUAGCUUUGUACACUUCUACAGGCCUUCAAAUGAAACCAGGGAAUGACAUUUUUGUAUGCAUGAUGUAAGUUCCCAGAAUGACCUUUUGGAAUGUUUCAAAUUUCAACCCCCUCCCCAGCAAAUUGUGUGCUCAAAUUCCACGGGUUUGUAAGAAACACUUCCACAGACUAAAAUUUAAUAAAAUACCGGCAAACAUAACUAUUUUAGAUACUUUAAAUCAGUGCCGCAUAAAGCUGCCACCAAUGGGUAAAAUUAAUUUUGACUACACAACAAUUAGGUUAUUAUUAUUUGCCAACCCCAACGCAUUUGUCCUCCGUUAAACGCGGCUCUGAAUUAAGUACCAACAAUUUAAAAAAAAAAUAAUAUAUAAUAUGUACAGAUUAAAUUUUUAAUUUUCUACUAGGGUUAUAAUAUUACAAACUUUUCCUCGUUACGCUCUGCUUUGUUUUAUUGGGUAUUCCUGACGAAUUGGGUUUUAGUAGGUUAUGGUUUCAUCCCUAAAAUAAGGGUGACUAAAAAAAAACGGUGAAGUAACAUUUUAAAGCUGCUCGUUUCAUAAAUUUAUCUAAAUAUCCGAAAUAAUGAGUGCCUUCGAAGAUUGAUCUAUUAUAUAGUAUAGUCUAUUUUGAUUGAUUUGAAUAAUUUACUUAAGAAAAAAAAUACUAUAUAAUAUAAGUAGGGUAUGUAUUUUGUUCAAAUCACAAGUGUAUCUUGUUUAAUAAUCUUUUUUCAAAUCCUUACAGAGUUUGUUUUAAAACAUAUAAUACCGGCGUCAAUUUGUUUGAACGCGGUUACCGAAGAACGCUACGUCAAAAGUUUGUCGAACAAGCAUUACUUGAAGUUCGGUUGUGACGGGGCCGGUUCGGUAACGGUUCAAGGGAAUUGUAUCGGUAAUAAAUUAAAAUUAUCAUCCAACGGAUUGCUUUACUCGACAAAUUUCGCAUUGAGCACCCAAGAAGGUACAGCAAUACUCGUAAUAUUAAUAUAUUAUAAAAGUUUUGAAAUAAGCACCUAGAUAAAACAAAUAUUUUAAACAUCGCAGGAAAAUCAGCUUUGCAGAUAAUGCAGCAGAACGCUGGCCUGAGCGAAUUCGUUAAAAUCGUAAACAUUGCCGGUCUCACGCAAACGUUUGAAAACUUCAACGCUUUAACCAUUUUUGCGCCGACCAACCAAGCUAUCAGAUGUAAGUCACACAGUAGCGUAUUUAAGACUCUUCUAAGGAAAGAAAUUGAAUUCGGACAAUUUUUAGAUACCUAGGCUAAAAAUAAAGAUGCAAUAUUAAUUUAUAUAUUUUUGUAAGCAAUUUUUAAUUUGAUAUGCCCUAUAGAAUUAUUAUUGAAAUCGAAAUUCGAAUAACUAUAUUAUUUUUUUUUUUGUAGAUACGCGUAGUUGUAAAUAGUAAUUGUUAUAAGUUUGUUUAAGCGAAUUAUAGUUAUUAGGUACUAAAUUAUCCUCCUUCGUAUUACAGUAGUUAGAUCGGUUCCGUUUUAAAUAACAAUAGGUUUUCGUACGGGUUCGUUUUUUUUUUUUUUAACACCCACUGAAUACCAACAAAGUUUUGAUUUUUCUGAAUAAAAAGUAAAUAAAUUUAAAUUUCAAAAAAAAUAAUAGUAAUAUAAAUAAUAUAUACUAAAAAAUAGUCAAUGUAAGAAAUAUAUCUAAUUUUCCUCCUUAAAUACGAGAUUUCUCUACACGAAUUUUAAAUAUAUUUUAUAAAUGGUCGACUAAAAUUGGUAGAGGUUUUCUAACUGAACACAUUUAUAUACAAUAUUGUUGUGUAACACUUUCUUCGAGGUAUGGACCAUAUGGAACGGCAUCGCAUUCAAUCCGACCUGGGUACCGCAAGGGCAUUUGUAAAUUUCCAUGCGACAAGGGAAAUCGUAACGGCCGAGAACAUUUACGACGGUAAAACGGUCGAGAGUUUGGCUCACGGAAAACAACUGCGCCUUCAAUGCGUCCAAAACGAAUAUGGAGUCGAAGGACGGCAGGUAGAUUUACUGACUUCUCCGGUCGCCUACAACGGGGCCGUAUACGAGAUCGACAGCGUACUAUACCCACCGACGAUAUCCAUCGAAGACAUUAUCAGAAAAAACGACAGUUUCAGGUAAAAAGUUCUCUAAACGCCAUGGGUCAUCGAAACGCGCGGGAGAUAGCCCUAUAUACAAUUUUGGCCGCGAAAGGGCGAAACUUUUAUAUUGCACAUUUCGUAGUUAUUAUAAUCCAUUUAGCGAAAUAAUACCCUCGGAAUAUCUUUCAAAAAGAUAAAGACGGUAUCGAGAUCAUAAAAAUAGAAUAAUUGACACUUUGUAUUGAUGAAGAAUUCUAUUAAUGUAGUAAAUUUCACGAAAAGAACAAAUGUUCUUGAAAUAAUAUUUUGAAUUGCCAAACGUAAACUAUUAAUUCGUAUAAUAUAUACUUAUGAGCUUAAACUAAAAAAAAUUACCAAAACACAAAUUUCAUUUCAAUAGUGUAUAUUUACGUGAAUCGAAUUAUGUAUUUGGAAAGCAUUUUACCAUUGGUAACAAGACCAACACUCCAAGUAAAUACUUUUCAGUUUAUCUCUGUCCUCCGCUAUCUUACGCGUUGUACUCCAUAUUCCACCGCUCCUAAACUAAGCUGACAACAUAAUCCUCCCAUCUUAAGCGAUGCGUAUUUUUAGUGAUCGAUUUCCUGUUGUCUUCGAUUACAGUCUCCGUUCUCUCCAUAAUGCAAGUCCGGACCAUUUAAUUAUCAUUUUAGACCAUAACCUUAAAUCACCCCCCCCCCUCCCUCUUUCAUUGAAAACUAAACCCAAGUUAUCAUAUUAAUAUAUUUUUUAUUUAACACAACCGCAGUUUAUACGCUCAGGCGACGGACUUAUUGACUCGGACGCUAAGGUUGGAAAGGUAUCAUCGGGGAUGUCAAAACACAUAUUUCGUGCCGACGGACUACGCGUUUCAGAAACUGGGCACCGAGGAAUUGGAACGAAUACUCAAUAGUCCGGCGCAGUUGCAAAAUAUUUUGAACAACCAUCGGGCCGAACGUAUUUUGCCGUCGACAUUGGUCAAUGACCGUUGGCAGUACGAAGUACAAACGAAAAACGGUAUCGUCCGAAUCGCCCACAGCAAAGACACCGAUAAAAUUACGGUACGCACGCAGUAAACACAGACCUCAUUAUUAACUACUCGAUUCAUAAUUAAAUUUGUGUUUCUAAACACUGUAGGUCAAUAAUGCCAAAAUAAUCGAAACGGACAUAAUGACGACAGACGGUCUAGUGUACAUAGUCGACGAUCUGAUUUUGCUGUAAAAACCGGCGACAAAACAAUUUAUUAACGACAACAAUUCGAAAAUAUUAAUAUUAAUUUAGUUGACCAUUACGUCAUAAGCACUUAUAUUAUUGUAGUUAUGAUUACGCACUGGAAUUGUGGGAUGCAGCAUAUUCAGUUCUGCGUUGGUUCCGCGAUAUUAUGUCAACAAUACAAAUGUAAAUUGUAAAUGAUAA